CUCCUUAUCACGUCUUUUGAACUCCGACGCAGUAGCAAGUUGACAUACGAACCUCAUUUACUGAUUGGUGUUACCUUGACAGUCACCAACGACGCAAUGGACCACGGUGAUGCUCUAGAGCAAGUCGAAGACAUCCACAGUAGUUUGUACCAGGAGAUGGAGAAAGGUCCAGAAGAAAUAACCAGCAAUGAGGGCAGGGAGGUCAGGGCCAGUCUUACCAAGAAGUUGGCGCAGCGCUUCGGGGGGAUUCCUGGAGUACAGAUUGGGGCCAGAUGGAAGUCUCGCCAAGAAUGUUCCAAUGCCGGCGUGCACCGCCCUCCCAUGGCUGGUAUAUACGGCAACAAGACAAAGGGCGCCUUCUCAAUUGUCGUUUCGUGUCACUACAAAGAUGACAAGGAUUUAGGUGACACAAUCUACUAUACAGGUGCAGGGGGUCGCAAACGCUUCACUGAUGGCUUUCCUCGGAAGCGUCUCCGUCUAGGCCCGCAGAUUUAUGACCAACAGUGGACGGAUUCGGGAAACGAGGCGCUUGUCACAUCUCGUGACACAGGCAAUCCCGUGCGCGUCGUCCGGAGCUACAAAGUACUUUCCGAUUUUGCACCCGCGGAAGGGUAUCGGUAUGAUGGUUUGUAUACCGUCGAAAGUGCAUGGAAAGAGAAGAAUCCCCAAGGUCUUGAUAUUUGUCGCUACAAGCUGGAGAGGGUUCCAGGUCAACCUCCCUUGCCCUGUCGUUCGCGUCAGGAUGCCGACCAUGAGUCAUCUCCCGCCUCUGUGGCUACAUCAGACACGGUCGUCUCGCCUCCGGGGAUUUCGACUGCUCGUAAACGCAAGACCCGGCCAUUUGCGCCCGCGAGUCAUGCUGAUGUCCCACUCAAGAAACGCAAAAAACUCGCCGACCGACCGCCUCCGCUGCCAUGCGCGUCGUCGUCAUCAUCAUCACCUGCCACGCAACCGCAAGCUGGUUUAGCGCCCUCCCCGGCGACUGGUCCAACUAUCCUGCAAAAACACAAGCAGCGGGUGCAGGACAUGCAGCAAAAAACGAGUUCUCUCGUGAAGCUAGCGUCUGUAAAAAGGCAGCCACUGAGCAUGCGGUCCGGCCCACCUCCUGCGUCUACUAAGGCACAGCCCAAUAGCUCCCCUGUGCGAAAUGCCUCCUAUCAUCCUGAGGACGACGAAGAUGCAAACACGUUCCGUGACUAUGAAGAGGAAGAAGAAGAUGAUGAGAGAGAUGUGAUCUCCUGCGAUGCCUGACUCCUGAGGACCUCGAAACUACGGCUUCUCCGAUUUCAUUUGUAUCACCCUUGCCCCCGUCACAGUUGUAA